CCAAACAGGGGAAGUUAGGAACAGAUACAUUUUGUAUGGCUUAAGUAAGACUAAUAAUUUAUUCCGCUUUAUAAACUUGUGCUGCUCAUCAAACAUCAUUUUCAAUUCACAUUGCAAAAUUUUAGCCAAAAAAAAUAUCAUAAAUGGAGCGGGAGAGGAAAAACCCUAGAAAUAUGAAAUUUGAGUAUGUUUUGCCUUCCUCUUGGUGGACAGAGACCGCUGAUUCCCAUUGUCUGCUCAUUGAUGUUCCAGGAUUCAAGAAGGAGGAAGUGAGGAUUCGAGCCGAUGCCCACGACCACGUCAUAGUGAGCGGAGAAAGGCAGGCCAACGACAACACAAUCCUACAUUUCGAGCAGGCAUACAAGGUACCAGAAGGUUGCAACAUAGAGGAAACCAAUGCCAUCUUAGAGGAUGAGACCUACUAUGUAAUCAUACCCAAGAAACACGUUGACAACUCGAUCUUGACCUCAGUUCAACAAGACAGCACCACGUCUGAUGGCGUAGUAGAUACCGCCAACAACGAUGAUUCUAACCAGAACCACGAAGAAACGCCCAAGGGAGAGAGGCCCGACAGCAGUUUCCUGCAGAGACUGUCGAGGAUGAUCAAGACCAAGAGAUGCCUUGUUUUGACAACUUUACUAGCAUUUUCAUUAGGAGUUUUUGUAUCUCAGCGUUACCAGUCGACUCCACAGAAGGAGAGAAAGAAAAGAGCAGCAGACGACGAAUAGAAAGGGAGAGUCUUGAAUUGCAGAGCUAAGAAUAUCCCACGAAAGCAGCAUCGGAUUGAGGAACUUUUUAUCUUGCAAG